AUGGGAUCUUCCCGAGACCCUCCACGAAAGAUACGAGGUCCUUUGAACCAGAAGGAGUUUGUCCAAGACUUUGCAAACUACGCGAGGGUUGUUUUCAGCGCUCUAGGCUCCAAAGUCAAGCACUGGACAACAUUUACCGAGCCACACAAUAUCGCUGCAACGGGUUACAAUAUUGGAUCGUAUGCUCCAGGAAGAUCCUCUGAUCGAAGACUGUCUCCGGAGGGGGAUGGCAGUCUCGAGCCUUGGAUAGUGGGGCAUAGCAUCCUUGUCGCCCACGGCACAGUGGUCAGAAUAUAUCGUCAAGGAUUCAAUUCGACUGGAGAUGGGAAAAUUGGAAUUACUCUGAAUGGGUUGUGGCCCGAGCCUUGGAACUAUGCAAGCGAACAAGAUCAUAGAGCUUGCCAAAGGUUCCUGGAAUUCACGGUUGGCUGGUUUGCGGAUCCCAUAUAUUUUGGGCAUUACCCUCGCAGUAUGAUUGAGCAACUCGGGAGACGUUUGCCAGAAUGGACAUCGGACGAGAUUGCCCUCGUGUAUGGAAGCAACGACUUCUUUGCUCUCGACUACUACACGGCCACCUUCAUUAAGAAUCGGGAAGCCGUUCCGGAGGUAGAAGACUAUCUCGGAAAUGUUGACUUACUGCCCCAGAACUCACAGGGACAAAAUAUCGGACCAGAGACCGAUUCUGCCUGGCUUCGACCUUGUGCGAAAGGCCUUAGGAGGCUUUUGAACUGGAUUCACGAUACUUAUAACAAGCCCGAAAUCCAAAUUCUCGAAAAUGGAACAAGCGUCAAAGGAGAAGAUGAUCUACCGAUGGAGCAGAUCUUGCACGACGAUUUCCGGUGUGAAUUCUAUCGAGAUCAUAUCAUGGAAAUGGCGAGGGCAAGAGUGGAGGAUGAUAUAAAUAUCAUGGGGUAUAUGGCGUGGAGCUUGAUGGACAACUUUGAGUGGAACGAUGGUUUUCGCGUUCGUUUUGGUGUCACCUAUGUUGACUACCAUGAUGAUAUGAAGCGAUAUCCGAAGAAAAGUGCCCGGUUGAUAGCUCGACUUUUUCGAGACCUUGUUCAGAAUUGA